GUGAAAUAAGGUGUAUUGUAUAUAUGUUCUGUGGAAAUAGGUUAGGAAAGGGUUUGAAAAUUUUUAGUUUGUAUUUUGAAAAUCAGCGAUGGAUAGUAACAUACCUUAUACUGACCGCUUCAAAGUUGGGGACAGAUUGGUGGUACAGUUGAAUACAAAUGAAAUAUUUGAAGGUGACUACUGUGGAGAAGGCAAUCAUUUCAUUGAUUUAACAAACAUCACGCAGCACAACAAUUCAAACAAGCUCAAAGGUACAUUGGUAAAAUGCUGUUUCUGAAAGCACCAUUAUAAGAGAAGUCCCAGAAUAACGUGACUUCAGGACACGCGUUCCGCUAUUUAAAAAUUUCAAUUUUUACAUGAACAGUUCCAAAGUUUAUUGGAGCUUUUAGUAGUACAAUGGUCAAGACUCAAGAGUGGAAAAAUGCUAUAAGGAAAUAUUUAAUGGCUUGCAGUGUUUAUCUAAUUAAUAUGAUGCACUGCCCUGUUGGUCAGUAUUCAGGUUGUUGGUGGAGGUGAAUGUACUAACUGUCACUUCUGUCAAUCUCUCAUCUGUAUAGAACUCAAAAACAUAAUGCCAUAAGUUGCUAUAAAAUAAAUGUUCAAAGCUGCUACCCUAUAGGCCUCUUAAUAUUUUCAAACUUAUUUUGUCCAGCACCCCUGAAGUUUUACUGUAGGUACAUACAGCUUCAGUCGUCGAGAAAUAGAUAGCAUUAAAUUAUUACAAUGCAAAUUCACUGAGAAAAUAUCAGACAAAUGGACUAUUCACCAUCCUGAAACUCACAAAAGAGUCAAGAUUGUAGAGGAGGAAUAUGGGAGAUUGAAAAUCAUGGCUCAUGAUUUUGUGUAUCUAGAACACGCUGACAGCGUCUAUUUUCAAGCUGUUAAGAAGCUAAGUGAAGCUGAGACAAUAGGUCUUACUUGUUUAGGUUUAGAAGACAGAACAAUUAGUAUACGUCUGUUCAUUCUUUGUACGUGGCAGCAGGUGUUUAUCUUGGAUAUGAUGAAUUUCAGGAACUGUUAUUUUCCCCCAGAAAUCAAAGAAAUUCUGGAAUCAACAUAUAUAUGCAAGGUAAUGCAUAAAGCAGGACCGAUACUAGAUAAAUUGCUGAGGAAGUACAACGUUUUUGUCAGAAACGUAUUUGAUACCCAAGUCGUGGACCUCAUUAUUGAGAAAAACAAAACGGGUACAUGUCCUGAAAAAUCUCGGAACUUAUCAGAAUGUUUGGUCCAUCAUCUGAACUUUCCAGACACAUUUCUGAAGGGCGCUGUAGAAACACCAGCAAAAAAAUGGUUAGAAAAGCCGUUAACUUUAAAACGAAGAGUCUAUGCAGCCCAGCUAGUUACGUAUCUAAUUAUUCUCAAGGAAGAAAUGCAGAAGACGCUACUGUCAGAAGUAUACAGAUGUAUAGAUAAUAUACAUGUCUAUUUUGGAUCUUUGAACAACAAAGAAUUUGCAGAUCAAACCUAUGGAAACGAUGUCACUAAGAAAAUGGACUCGCUUAUCCCAUUAUUGAGCCAUCACUUCAUUCGGAAAGAAAGCAAAAAAGAAAGAAAACAAAAUGAUAUCUAGUAGUUUGAAAGCAGAAAUUAAAAAAUUGUAUGCCUAAAGAUACAAAAAUGUUGAACUAUAAUAAAUCUUUUAUUUUGUAUACCUUUGUACUAGUAUCAGUCAAGUA